GAUGAUGACGAAUGACUAUGAUAAUGACAGAGAGACGCGAAGAAACGCGAUUUUAAGAUUUGUUCUCUUGCCAUUUCCAUUUCCAUUUAUCUAUUUACAUUUUACACCCUUUUAUGCUGCCGCCGUCAGGUUUGAGAAGAGAGGUUACCAUCACCAUUAAUGAGGGCUUCACCAGAUUCAUGAUCACAUCGACUUAGCACCUCACAUCAUCUCUCUUCUCCAAACCCUACUGCAAAUUCGAAGCCCACAUCCAAUCGGAAGCUCGAAUUUGCCAUGCGAAGAACCUGGAGAUUUGCGAUCGGCCUCUUGAGAGAGGACUCCUUGUUGCUAUUACAUUCAAUUGAUAGCUCUUUCUUAUUUUACUCUCAAGCCGGCCGCGUUUCCUUCAGCAGCCAUGGUCACCGAUGCUCAUAGCCCUAACUCUAAAGGCAUGCUCUGUCAUGCAGGCGCCGGCGCCGCAGCAGGAGUCAUUGCAGCAACCUUUGUCUGCCCUUUAGAUGUUAUCAAGACUAGAUUUCAAGUAGGGUUAAUAUCAGGGAUUGGAGCCGAAAAGCCUAAAGGUAGCAUUAUUUUUGGAAGUUUGGAGCAAAUAUGUCAGAGGGAGGGGUGGCGUGGCUUGUACCGUGGGCUCUCACCUACAGUGAUAGCGUUGCUUCCAAAUUGGGCUGUAUAUUUCACAUUAUAUGAGCAAUUAAAAGGAUUGAUUUCUUCUGUUGAUGGAAAUCAUCAUCAGCUUUCUUUCAGUUCAAAUAUGGCAGCUGCUUCUGGAGCUGGAGCAGCAACUAUAUUUGUUACAAAUCCUCUUUGGGUUGUUAAGACAAGAUUUCAAACUCAGGCAUUGAGGACAGGUAUUGUGCCAUAUCGCAAUACGUUAUCUGCUUUGAACAGAAUUGCACGUGAAGAGGGUAUUCGUGGCUUAUACAGCGGUCUUGUGCCUGCAUUAGCUGGUGUAAGUCAUGUUGCAAUCCAGUUCCCAGCAUACGAGGCAAUCAAACUCUACUUGGCCAAUAAAGGAAACACUACAACAGACAAACUCGGCGCAAUUGAUGUCGCUGUUGCAUCUUCUGUUUCUAAAAUAUCUGCUUCCGCUUUGACAUACCCACAUGAGGUUGUACGUUCUAGGCUGCAGGAACAAGGUUACCACUCAGAUAGACGAUACAAUGGUGUUAUAGACUGCAUCAAGAAAGUGUCUCAGGAAGAAGGCAUUUCUGCCUUUUACAGAGGGUGCGCCACAAAUCUUCUCAGGACUACUCCGGCUGCUGUAAUUACAUUCACCAGCUUUGAGAUGAUACAUCGGUUUCUUGUCUCUGCAUUUCUUUCUGAUCCCUAACCUCAAUACAUUCUGAGGAUGUUGGUUAUAGUUGGAAGGAUUUUGGAUGAAUGGGGCAGGUGAAUCAAUUCUAUCCUUUUGAACGCUUUUGACUAUUUACAGUGUUGGUUGUACAAAAUUUAUACUACAUUGAGGCUGUGUCUAGAAUGGAAUGAAGUUUUUGUAGCAGUUUCUGGUUCUGAUUAUUCAACAUAAGACUACCAUAUAUGUCGAUCAGAAAGUAUCCUCAAUUUCAACACUACUAUUUAAACUCGUUGUAAUGUUGUCAAUAGGAAAUUGUGGGCAUGCACUAAUAUUUUGUGAUGAUAAAUGGCAAUCCCUGGCUUAACUUUUAUGUGUA